AGAUGCUUCAAGAGGUGGAGUUGAACAAAACAAACCAAAAUGGCUAAAGAUAUGAGGAGGUUGUAUGGGAUUGCAGUAGUGCUAGUGGUGACCAUGUUGGCAUCAGGAGCGACUGCGCAAGACACUUCAUGCCUAAAUAGGCUUGCUCCUUGCCUGAACUACCUCAAUGGAAGUGGAGACGUGCCGGAUAGCUGCUGCGAUCCUCUGAAAUCUGUCAUAAACAACAACCCAGAUUGCCUAUGCAGUUUGAUAUCUAAUCAGGGCAGCCGUCAAGCUGAGCAGGCAGGUAUCAACGUUAAUGAGGCGCAGAAACUCCCUGGACGCUGUGGACAGCAUGUCAACCCCAUCUCCUGCCUUUCAGGGGCAGGAGCUCCAAGUUCUAUGGGCUCAGAGGAGAAUUCUGCAGGCAGAUUCUCAUUACCCUCCACAGCCAUUGCUGUAUUAACGAUUGUCCAGAUGUUCCUUUUUGUGCCAAACAAUGUAUUAGCUUGACUACCCCUCUAAGAAAAUGGGGAGCUCACGCUCUGUACUGUAGUGGAGCUCCUACUAAAGAUAAUUUCAUUCUAUUGUUCCUUUUCUACAAAACAUGAUUUAUAUAAACUGUAAUGGCCAAAAAUCGUACUCGGCUCACA